CAAAAGCGUGCGACGUAAAUGAACUACAACUUCAACUAUAGCUUUCCAUUCAAAUUUCUAGAGAGGGAAAGUAAACUGUCUGUCAAAAAUCUGCUAAGACAACUUUUACCACAAUUAAUAAAUGUCCUUGUGUGUGUUAUUAGAAUUCAUUACUAAAAACUAUUUCAAAUAAUAUUAUGUUGCUUAAACUGAAGAAAACUUUUGCAACUUAAUAUAUGUACUUGAGUUCGAGAUGUAAUAAAACUUUUAUUCUCAAAUUUAUAUGACCAAAACCUUUAUAUCCAAAACCUUUGUUAAUGAAAGUGAAUUGGACUCAGAGUAAUGGAAAAUCUAUAGGAAGUGCUUUAAAAGAGUUAUUUUCAUGCGGAUCGUAUUCAUAUGAUAUUAUCUUCUUUAUAUUGAAAACAAAAAUCGAUUCAAUGAUAAAAUAACAUUUUCUUCCUGCUGAUAGUAAAUAAAAUUCAUGCUGUGCUUGCCUGAAUAUUGGCAAAAAAAAAAAAAAGGUUUUCUGUUCGAUUCAUGUAAUUAAUAAACUAUUCAUGCAGUGUGUGUUAAAUGCUUCCUGACCGAAGAAGAUAUUAUUGAAGGCAAUAACAUUCUUUGACACUAAGUAUCUGGGCAAAGUUGGACAUAUAGUUGAAAUGAUGUUCUAAGAGAAAAAUAUUUUCAAAGAAAUUUAAUGUUUGCACUUUGCUUAAAACUUUCCAAGUGUAGUUAAUAAGUGUUCUAAAUAAAAAGCAUGCAAUAAGAAAUAAUUUCAUUUAAAUGUUUUGUGUUCAUAAUAUAGGAAUAAUUUAUUUAGGAUAAAUCGAUUGUAAAGAAUGGAAUUAAUUUGGUUUUAUUUAACAAAGAUUUUAGAUGAACUUUUCCAUGUAGUGCAUUUUUAAACAGUUGUAAAUAGAUUGAAAUUGCAGGUAAUGAAACUGUCUCUUACAUUCAUAAAGCACAUGUGAUUUGAUAUUUAUGUACACGUAAUUGAGAUUGUGAGUUUCUUGUUAGCACUGAGAAAAUAUAUUUUAUAUGCAUUUUGUACAAUUUAAAAUUUGUAGAGAAAAUUAAAUUUUCUUGACCUUCUCACAUUUAUGUUUAUUUAUAAGAGCAUGCAUUUAUAGUGUAUUAUAAAACAUUGAUACAAAAAUUAGCAGUUUAAUUUUUAAAUAUAUAUAUAUUUGUAAUGUCAAACUUUUUAAAUCAAAGUAAAAAAAAAAUAUUGUCUGACUUAAACAAAUAUUGAACCAUAUUUUUGCAAUGUAUGUGUAAAAUAAAUUGUAAAUGAAAUUUAAUUUGAUAAUUUCAUGUUCAUAACAGUAAAUAGUAUUUCUGUUUAUUCAUAUUCAUUUUGUAAGAAGCUUUACUAAUAACAAAUAGCAUAAAUUUUGCAGUGUAUCUAAAAAUGCCUUCGUUCAUAGUUUAUUGAAUUUAAAGGAAUCUGUUACAUAAAGAGGUUCAUGUGUAAAAAAAAAACAAAGUGAAAUAAUUUAAUUUAGUUUUGUAUCUUUAUAUGUAUGAUAAAAUAGAAAUAUUAUUAAAGUGAAGUUUGUGGGGAAAAAUUUUUGCACCUCUAUAUAAAUUAAAUUAAUCCUUUCAUUGAUGCACCUAUUAAUAAAUCAUAUUCCUGUUAUAAAGUGAUCAUAUUUCUACAGUAUUUUAUUUUGCGUAUUUAAAGCAUUUAGUCAAUGUAAUUAAUUUGUAUGCCUUAAUGAGUUACUUUUGCAGUGAAAAUUAUUUUUAAUUAUUGCCUUCACUUUAAUUAAGGACUAUUUUUUAUAUUUUCUAAAUAUAGCUACUAUUUGUAUCACAUAAAGAAAAAGCAAUAAUUGGAUUUUGAAUAGAAAAUCUAUAUUUUUUCUAAUAUCUAUGCAUUUCUAUUUUAAUAUCAUUGCAAAGUGGAUUUAUAUCUUCAUUUCUUACAACAUAUUUAUGAUUGUUAUUCUAAAAAUCUUACUCAACUGCACACAAUUUAUCUAGCCUUAUGAAACCCUCAAUUUAUCUACCCUCAGAAAAGUAAACAUAUACUGUAACAGUGUUUUUCAUCCUGUAAGAUAACCUUAUUCUUGUAAUACAUGUAACUAGAUAUUUUCGAAAAGAAACAGCCGUACUAAACGCUGCAGAAUUCAUACUAGUGAGAAAUCCUAUUCUUGCAGUGUAAGAGUUUUUUCGCAAAGAGAUCUGACUAAAUACAACUGUGUUCAUAUGGGUAAGAGGCCUUAUUCUUGCAGUAUAUGUAAUAAGAGUUUCUCACAAAAAAUUGCACUUACUGGACACAGUCGUGCUCAUGCUGUUGAGAAACCUUAUUCUUGUACUAUAUGUAAUAAAAGUUUUUCACAAAUAGGCCUACUGACUGAACACGGUCGUGUUCAUGCAGUUGAGAAGCUUUAUUCUUGUAGCAUAUGCAAUAAGAGUUUCUCACAAAAAAGUGCACUGUCUAAACAUAAUCGUGUUCAUACUGGUGAGAAGCCUUAUUCUUGUAGUACAUGUAAUAAAAGUUUCUCACAUAAAAAUUCACUGACUGCACACUUCUUUGUUCAUACUGGUGAGAAGAAACCUUAUUCUUGUAGUGUAUGUAAUAAGGGUUUUACACAAAGAUGUAAUCUGACUAAACAUAGUCAUCUUCAUACUAGUGAGAAGCCUUAUUCUUGUAAUAAAUGUGAUAAGAAAUUUUCAAGAAGAGAUUAUUUAACGCUACAUAGUCGAAUUCAUACCGGUGAAAAACCUUAUUCAUGUAGUAUAUGUAAUAAGAGUUAUUCACGAAAAGAUCAACUGUCUAAACACAAUCGUGUUCAUACUGGUGAGAAGCCUUAUUCUUGUAGUACAUGUAAUAAAAUAUUUUCAAAUAGAGCUUAUUUGACUGCACAUAGUCAUGUUCAUACUGGAGAGAAACCUUAUUCUUGUACUAUAUGUAAUAAGAGAUUUUCAAAUAGAACUGAUCUAAAGAUACAUAUUCGAGUUCAUACUGGUGAGAAACCUUAUUCUUGUACUAUAUGUAAUAAAAGUUUUUCACGGAGAGGUUUACUGACUAAACACAAUCGCGUUCAUACCGGUGAGAAGCCUUAUUCUUGUAGUACAUGUAAUAAGAGUUUCUCACAAAAAAAAUCACUGACUGCACACUUUUUUGUUCAUACUGGUGAGAAGAAACCUUAUUCUUGUAGUGUAUGUAAUAAGGGUUUUACACAAAGAUGUAAUCUGACUAAACAUAGUCAUCUUCAUACUGGUGAGAAGCCUUAUUCUUGUAGUAUAUGUAAUAAGAGAUUUUCAGUUAGAGGUUAUUUGACUCAACAUAGUCAUCUUCAUAGUGGUGAGAAACCUUAUUCUUGUAGUAUAUGUAAUAAGAAAUUUUUUACAAGAGAUUAUUUAAUGCGACAUAGCACACUUCAUACUGGAGAGAAACCUUAUUCUUGUAGUAUAUGUUAUACGAGAUUUUCAUUAAAAAGUACUUUGUAUCAACAUAGGCGUGUUCAUACUGGUGAGAAACCUUAUUCUUGUAGUAAAUGUAAUAAGAGAUUUUCGAGUAAAGCUCAUUUAACGAUCCAUGGCCGAGUUCAUACCGGUGAGAAACCUUAUUCUUGUACUAUAUGUAAUAAGAGUUAUGCACGGAAAAGUCGACUGACUGAACACAAUCGUGUUCAUACAGGUGAGAAGCCUUAUUCUUGUAGUAUAUGUAAUGAGAGUUUCUCACAAAAAAGUUCACUGACUGCACACUUUUAUGAACAUAAAGGUGAGAAGAAACCUUAUUCUUGUAGUGUAUGUAAUAAAAGAUUUUCAUCAAAAGGUAAUUUAACUGUACAUAGUUAUGUUCAUACAGGUGAGAAGCCUUAUUCUUGUAGUAUAUGUUGUAAGAGAUUUUCAUUAAAAAGUACUUUGUAUCAACAUAGGCGUGUUCAUACUGGUGAGAAACCUUAUUCUUGUAGUAAAUGUAAUAAGAGAUUUUCAAAUAAAGCUUAUUUGAAGAUACAUAGUCGAGUUCAUACCGGUGAGAAACCUUAUUCCUGUACUGAAUGUAAUAAGAGUUUUUCACGAAGAAGUCAACUGACUGGACACAAUCGUGUUCAUACUGGUGAGAAGCCUUUUUCUUGUAGUACAUGUAAUAAGAGUUUCUCACAUAAACAAUCACUGACUAGACACUUUUUUGUUCAUACUGGUGAGAAGAAACCUUAUUCUUGUAGUGUAUGUAAUAAGAGAUUUUCAUCUAAAGGUAAAUUGACUGAACACAAUCGUGUUCAUACAGGUGAGAAGCCUUAUUCUUGUAGUAUAUGUAGUAAGAGAUUUUCAGUAAAAGGUAAUUUGAUUCAACAUAGUCGUGUUCAUACAGGUGAGAAACCUUAUUCUUGUUGCAAAUGUAAUAAGAGAUUUUCAAGCGGAGCUUAUUUGACGAUACAUAGUCGAGUUCAUACUGGUGAGAAACCUUAUUCUUGUAGUACAUGUGAUAAGAGUUUCUCACAAAAAGGUUUACUGGCUAGACACAGACAUGUUCAUAUAGAGGAAUAAACCUUAUUUUUGUAGUAUAUGUUAUAAGAGUUUCUCACAAAUAGUUCUUCUAAAUAAGCACAUUUGUGUUCAUACUGGAGAGAAACCUUUUUCAUGUAAUAAGACUUUUUCAAUUACUCAUCACAUUUUUGUUCACACUGUUUAGAAGCCAUUUUCUUGUGUACAUAAAAAGAGUCUCUUUUUUCACUUCAGGACCGUCCUACUUUUCAUGAUUUUAUUCAUACUGGUUAAAAACCUCAUUCUUAUAAUGUAUGUGUAAGAGUUUUUUUCUUCAUAAGACUGACUUUUAUGUUUGUGUUUGCACUGGUGAGAAACUUUUUUGUUGUACCAUAAUGUAAUAAGAGUUUUUCUCGGAAAUGUCAUCUGACUAAAUACAGUGUUUUUCCUUCUAGUGACAGCAUUUUUUAAAAAAAUAAUAGUGAUCUAAAUACAGUCAAACCCUGCUGUAGUGAACGCGGUUUAUUGGGAACUCCCGGAUAAAGUGAACGAUAUGUUUGCUCCCGUGCCUUGCUGCACACAUAUAGUGUUAUUUUUUGUCGAUAUAGUGAAUCGAAAAAAAGAGGAAGUUUUAUAUUUUGAAUUUUUUUCUGU